UUGAAAUAUUUUAUCUUUGAUCGAGAUUUUAUAGCUACUAAAACAUUGAUCAAAUAUUUCCAGUCCAUUAUUCGUGAAGUAUCCACAACAGAAUAUAGUGAAGUUAAAGUACUUUUUUAUAAAAGCAGUUGCGUGCCGUGUAAAAAAACAAACUUUUAAUAGUUUAAACAUAAAACAAAUUAUUUAAUUUAAAAAAAAAUAAUUACGGAAAGAUUUGUAUGUGCUUUUUUUCGUGAUCUUUGGACCGUUUUAAUAUAGAAUAAACUAUUCACGAUUUUGAUAUUGGAAUAUAAGUGAAACUAUGGCAUCUCCACCGAGAUCAUUAAGUCUCCCUUCAACAUCUCUUGGGCCAAGUAAAGCUAUGCAGAGAACUGGAAGUUUACCGUGUACUGGAUCAUUAAGAACCAGCCAGUAUGGACAGUACCUAAAACCCUGUUCGUCUUUAGACGAUCUCGAUGAACAUUACGCCGAAUCUUCACCGUCUCCGGGGAGUGCUGACAGUUUACCCGACGGGGGAUUUUUCACUAAACUUAAAAGGAGAUUAUCCUCCAGGAAAAAGAAUAAAAAUCGGAGGGAUAGGAAAGGAUCAGAGGACUUGUUCUUGGGCGUUUUAUUCAAUAAUGAUGUCGGAAGGAGGUUAAGCAAUUCUUCCAGGGAUAGUAUUCCCAAGGAGUUCAAGAAUGAGAAUAUUUACCGAGGCUUACUACGAGGACUGUUACAUCCACUUGGCAUACCAGACAAAAGUCCAGGACUAAGACCGGGAGAUCUAAUUGAUCAUUUAAGAGAGAUAUUUGAAGUUGACAGAGAUGAACACGAAUAUUUCAUUAGAGAGGAACUUGUACACAGGCCAAAGCAUGUACAAGUCAAAGUGUCUAUUAUUGAAGGACAAGGCCUGGCGUGGUCAGGUGAAAAGAAAGGAGAUUUUUACUGCCUGGCAAGAAUUGUUCAUCAUGGGAAGAAAUCACCAAAAAUAUCGCCAAAAAAUUCUCCAAAGUUAUCACCUCGGAUGACUCAUUCAUCAGGCUCAUUUGAUGAAGCCGAUAUCUCCAAAACACUAACUGUAAAGAAUUGUUCAAAUCCACAAUGGAAUGAAGAAUUCAGUCUAAAUAUCGAUAAUUUCUUUACUGAUGAGAUAAAGAUUUAUAUCCGUGACCAAACUGUGGAACAAGAAGCUUUAGGACACCAUGUUGAUAGACAUCACCAUGAACAUAAAUUUAAAAGUUUGCUUCGUAUGAUAUGGCAUUCUAGUGAGCAUGACAAGUCGAAAUGUGGUUGCUUUGGAAUGGUAUCUAUAAAUGUUAAGGAUGUGGUUGCACAGGGAGUUGAUAAAUGGUUUGACGUGACUGAAUGUGGAAAUAAAAAUGUUGUUGUUGCCAAAUGUCGUAUUAAGAUCAAUCUAUGUCAUAGACAGGAUGAUAUAAUGAGCGAAGAGUAUUUUUCUAUCGACGACUACUACCAAGCUGCCCAACAAGUCUACAGCUACGCUGCUAAAAGAUGUUUGCAAGAUGACAUGACAAUGGAGGCAAAGAUACAACCACAAGAUAGAAGAAUACUUAAUACAUUUGCAUCAUCUCAUCAGAUAUCAGACCUAUCACAAGCUAUUAUUCAUGUGAUCAUUUUGUUAGAAUGGACAACUGAAAAUGACAAUUUAAGUCAUACACAACAUGCUCUUGUGAAGCAUAUACAAGAAUUACAAAUGACCUGGGUCACAAAGCAGUUCAACAUAUCAACAGCAGCACAAAAGAUGCCAUUAACCGAUGCUGAGAUAGGUUGGUAUAGAAAAGCAGCAACAGGUUACAUAAAGUGUAUCAGUGAUCAUUUAGAAGAACUACCAGAACUCUUUCCACCUUCUGUUGACAAUGUUAACCUACUUAAAGCAAAGAUAGGUGUUACAGUACAGCUCUUAGAAUUGGAUCUAUGGGAAUCAAAGAGUUCUCCACAUAAAGAUCUAGCACAUUUACUUCUGCAUAAACUUCAGAGUGAUGUUGAUACCUAUACCCACAACAAAGUAGAAACCAUAUCUAUGCAUGACUUGGUUAAGGACCCGGUAAUACCUGAAUUAAAUAUUCUCGGAGAAAUUGUGGAUAAUUUGUCAUCUCAUUGCUACCCGAUGGGAGUUGUUAGAACCUUUUACAACUCGAUAGGCAUCAACUAUUACCGAAUUGUAUCCUUAUCAGCAGAGAAAAACAUAAGUACAAAAACCAGGGAACUCAUGAUGGAGUUGGACAAAUACCAAAGAAGAUAUCACAAGUUUUCAGUUAACAUAACCGAAAGCAGCAAACUCGCUCUAAGAAUAUACUUCCUUGUUAGAAAGUUUUAUAAUAUUACAAGGGAUAAUAUCAGUAGAAGAGAUGUUUUUAGACUAGCAAUAUCAAACUAUCAACAAUGGUUUCAAGAGACUCUUGUUUUCUGGAUUCAGACAUUUCGCACGGAGUGUAUGACUCGGAUAGAAAAGGCUUUGGAGAUAGAUAAAGAUGUUGUUCUUGUAACAUCACGUUGUAAAUUUUCAAAUUCUUCUGUGGAUGUUCUUGCCUGUUUUGCAAAGAUAACAGAAGAAUGGAAGGCUAUAGAUUUCCAUGAUCCUGACUCAUCUUUAAUGGGUGUCACAAAAAUAACUGAUUUAAUUUGUGAUGGUGCCCGGUUGUAUGUUCAGAAGAUACAGAACAUUUUGGAGAGGAAUUGUUAUUAUGAUGAUGAAGAAAAAACCUUUAAUGUUACUGAUAGGCUUUGUAUCACACUUAACAACAUAGAACACGUUCGUCAAUACUUAAAUGAACUUCCACAAUUAUUGGAAUGGGAAACUGUGGUCUCAAGAAUCUCUUCAACACACGAGAACGAUCGCAUAGGAACACAAGCUCUCUCGACUCUCGCACGACUUCUUAGUACCACAAAUAAGGAGAUUAUAAUGAAAAGUUCCCUGUUACUGACACAGAUUACGGAGAAAAUGAAAGUAGACAUGGCCGCUUAUAUGGAUAUAUUUACAAGAAAAAGACCAGAAAAGGCAUCCUCCGUUGAUAAACUUAUUGGAUACAUGUCAGUUAAUCUGAAGACCCUCCAUGACAAAAUGAUGACACCAACAUAUUACAGGAUGAUAGAACAUCUGUGGCCAACCAUGGUUACUUUGUUAGACCAGAAGAUGCUCUCAGGGGAAAGACCCGAGUACUAUUAUCAGAUGAAACAACAUGUGAAAGCUUUGAUAUCUUAUUUUGUACGAGGCGGGCUUCUGGAGAGACAGGUUAACAACCCUGUAUUUGAAGCUCUGAAAACACGUCUAGACUACAAUACUAUGUCGACUGAGGAUCUGUUACUGGCUUACUACGAUAACAUAGCUGACGAUAUGGGUACACCACUGGAGUACUUUGGUCACCUUGCAUUAAAAUUUGCUUACAUUGAGGAGACAAGAGGCAAUAUUACAAUAUAUGUCAAGGUUAUACGAGGUUGUGACUUACCCGGCUUAGAUGUUACUGGUCUAAGUGAUCCGUAUGUAAUACUUAGUCUACAUCCAUCAACAAUGUUUGGUCAUGUAAAGCCCCAGAGAACCAGAAUCGUAGAACAAACAUUGAAUCCAGUGUUUAAUACUUCAUUUCAAUUCCCAAAUGUUCCACGAGACUACAUUGAUAUCCAGGGAGCUGUGGUAUUGUUAAGUGUAUUUGAUUAUGACAAGAUUGGGAAUGAUGACUUUGCUGGAGAAGUUUUGAUUCGUCUCUCCUCUAUUCCCAAAAUAUCAAUGUCACAAACUGUUGACUCUGCAUCUGUUGUGAUGAUGGCGCUACAACGACCAUCUGCAAGUUUAGAAGGACCAUUUCAGGUUCUUGUGGAACGUAAGUCUUGGGACAAAACAGCAAAAACAUUUCUUGCAGACAGAAAAAGAUAUUUGGAACAUCAUCGUCCACGAACUGACAGACCGUCGAAAUUAACGAAUUUCUUCUCGUUUCUAACAGGAGAUAAGACCUGAAAAAACUAUUUGAAUUUUAUGAACUGAUCAGCAUUCCCAUUGCUGCUUGAAAUAUAAAAAAGAUGGUCACAU